AUGACUGAACAUGAAGGUGUCAGCAGGAAAGAACUCUUUGAAGUUGACGAUAAGCCAUCUGAACUAGAUGGUAGUCUACUGUUGCCUGAUUUGGAAUUCGAGUUUGUCGAGGUUGAAUGCUGCAAUGCAUCAGAGAAGUGUUUAGACAGUUCUAUUCAAGAUGAAUUUGAUUUCCCGUUAUUCUCUUGUUCGGCGGUUGAAUGGUCUGCCACACAACUCAAUAACAGUUGUAAUGCGGGAACGAGUGUUCAAAUCACGAAUGGCCAUGAACCUGAAAGUCCUACACAAACCAGGUUAAGCAAAGUUUCAUUGCGUGAAGAAGAAUCAGAAGUUAUCAAAAACGAACGUCCCAUGAGUUAUUAUAUCGCUGAAUACACCACUAAACAGAAAAAGAGGUUACAACUUGUCGCCAUAGAGUACGAUCUAAUUAUGAAGGAAGCUGCUAAAGAUAGAGAUAAUAUCAGCUCCAAAUACAGAGGUAAAUUUGUUGAUUUAGUGGAUCAUAAUGCUAAAGUGGAAGCUGAACUACUGAGACAACUAAAACUGAAAAGAAGAAGGCCAAGUAAAAGACAGAGGAUGGCUAAACGGCUAGGCAAGCUUCGAGAAUCAGAACGACAGAAUAAAGUGGAUGAAAUCAAAAAGAUGAUCAAAAAGAAGUUCCAUAAACGUGGUGGGAAGAAAAAUAAGAAAAAGUAG